AUGAUCUUUGUCAAGACCCUAACGGGUCAAACUUUGACCCUCGAGUCGACUAACGUUGGCUUAAUCAAGCAGAAGAUCGAACAAAUCGAAGGAAUCGCUGCUGAAGACCAACGCCUUAUCUGCGAAGGACGUCAGCUCUCCGAUGAACUCGAUGUUGCUGAGGCUUCCACUCUUCACCUCUCUCUCAGAUUGUUGGGAGGAGGAAAGAAGAGAAAGAAGAAGGUUUACACCACCCCAAAGAAGAUCAAGCAUAAGAGAAAGAAGGUCAAACUCGCUGUCCUCAAGUUCUACGGAAUUGAUGGAAACGGAAAGAUUCGUCGUCUCCGAAAGGAAUGCCAAUCUGCCUCUUGCGGAGGAGGAGUCUUCAUGGCUGCUCACGAGAACAGAUACUACUGCGGACGUUGUCACGAUACCCUUGUUGUUGAAGAGCCAGCUGCCGGAGCCAAGAAGGGAGCUGCUAAGGGAAAGAAGUAA